GGUCUUAACAAGAAGAGAAGGCUUCAAUGGAUUCUCUUGUGGUCCUUGUGCUCUGUCUCUCCUGUUUGCUUCUCCUUUCACUCUGGAGACAGAGAUCUGGGAGAGGAAAAUUCCCUCCUGGCCCCACUCCUCUCCCAGUGAUUGGAAAUAUCCUAAAGAUAGAUAUUAAGGAUGUCAGCAAAUCCUUAACCAAUCUCUCAAAAGUCUAUGGCCCUGUGUUCACUCUGUAUUUUGGCCUGGAACGCAUGGUGGUACUGCAUGGAUAUGAAGCGGUGAAGGAAGCCCUGAUUGAUCUUGGAGAGGAGUUUUCUGGAAGAGGCCAUUCCCCACUGUUUGAAAGAGCUAACAGAAAAUUUGGAGUCAUUUUCAGCAAUGGAAAGAGAUGGAAGGAGAUCCGGCGUUUCUCCCUCAUGACACUUCGGAAUUUUGGCAUGGGGAAGAGGAGCAUUGAGGAUCGUGUUCAAGAGGAAGCUCGCUGCCUUGUGGAGGAGUUGAGAAAAACCAACGGCUCACCCUGUGAUCCCACUUUCAUCCUGGGCUGUGCUCCCUGCAAUGUGAUCUGCUCCAUUAUUUUCCAUAAACAUUUUGAUUAUAAAGAUCAGCAAUUUCUUAACUUGAUGGAAAAGUUUAAUGAAAACGCCAAGAUUUUGAGCACCCCCUGGAUCCAGAUCUGCAACAAUUUUUCUCCUAUCAUUGAUUAUCUGCCGGGAACCCAUAACAAAUUUCUUAAAAACGUUGCUUUUGUGAAAAGUUAUAUUUUGGAGAAAGUAAAAGAACACCAAGAAUCAAUGGACAUGAACAACCCUCGGGACUUUAUUGAUUGCUUCCUGAUCAAAAUGGAGAAGGUAAAAUGUUAACAAAAGCUUAGUUAUGUGACUACUUGUGAAUCUGUGAUUCAUUGACUUGCUGUGUGUUUACCAGGGAUGUUUAACUGGUCAAACAGUAAUGCUUGAGAAGCACUUUAAGUUUUUAUUGUAUGAAUGAA